UUUCUCCGGUAACUGCAUUUCUAAAUUGAAAAUACAAAAGAGAAAUAAUGAAGCUCUUCGUCUGUAAAUUACAUUGAAAGACGGAAAAGCUCAUCAUCUGAAAUCAGAUUUCAUUUGCUUAUUUCCAAACGUAUUAGGAUACUUCACUUGAUGCAUAGAACACGAAAUUGUGAAUCAUUGGCAGGUAAAAAUGGGCGUAAUUGUCAGGCCCGACACACCAUUCCGAUGUCUGCCCUGUCAUUCCAUUGCUUCAGGUACAGUCCGGGGCUGUAGUGCAGGUUUCUAUCUAAGGUGGCACCCUUUAAUCUGUAGAAGAACUUCCAACAACAAUAGGCUUUGUUCAUCUGUAGAGGGUCGGCUUGGUUUGCGAAGGAUUAUAGUUUCCUCAAGCAGGGGAAAUUCCAGUGAUUUCAAUGACACUUACACAGGCAUUGUUGAAGAUGGGGAGGGUUUUCCUUCAGGGAAAAGUGAAACAUUGGAGAUUGAUGGAAAUGAGCCCCUCGAGAUUAGAACUGCUCUGUCUGAGGCCCAUGCCAGACUAGAGUCUAUUGAAAAAGAGAGAGACCAGUUACUUGAAGAGUUGGCCAUGUCCAAAGUGAAACAGCAGGAGUAUGUAACUACUAUAAUGCAUGACAAAGAACUUGCAAUUGCUGAACUUGAAGCAGCUAAAUCUAUGUUCAAUCAAAAGCUGCAGGAGUCAGUAAAAGAGAAGUUUGCUUUGGAAUCUAAACUGGUCCUAGCAAAACAAGAUGCUGUUGAACUUGCUGUGCAAGUGGAGAAGUUGGCAGAGAUUGCUUUCCAGCAGGCUACUUCUCACAUAUUAGAAGACGCACGGCUUAGAGUUUCUGCUGCAGAAACUUCUGCUGCAGAAGCAGCAUAUCAAAUUGAAGAGAAAAUAAGGAAUACCACUGAGGAUACCAUCUUGUCUAUUGUGGAACAGUCAAAGGGUGCAAUAGAAAAGGCUUUGGCUGUUGCAGAGAAAACUGGUGACCAUGCAAGAAAAGCUGUGGAAGCUCUACCGGAUGGUCUAAAUACAAUUGAUGAAAUUGCUACUCUUCGAUCCCAGAAUAUAGGACUACAAGAUACCAUUAGUGAUUUGGAAACUCAGUUAUUCCUUUUGAAGGGUGAAGUUGGUAGGUUCAAGUUAGAAUUACAACAAGCUCAAGAACAAGCAAAGGCAUCUGAACUACAAGCUAGAGCAUCAGAGAAGGCAUUUCUUGAUCUCCAGAAGUUGACCAGGGAAAAAUCAUUGCAGCAGGAGGAAGGAACCAAAUCACUACUAGAAAAAAUGAGGAAAGAUGCUUCAGACAGGAAGAAAGCUAUCACCAAGGCCUUUAAGGUUGAAUUGGAGUCUAUCAAGGCUGUGAUUGAAGCAGCCAAGGAAACUGCACGCUCAAAAGAUGAAGCCUAUAUGAGAAGAUGUGAAGCUCUGCAAAAAUCAUUAAAGGCAUCUGAAGCUGCAUCAAAGAUGUGGAGACAAAGAGCUGAAAUGGCAGAGUCAUUAUUGCAAAAGGAAAGAUCACUUGACGAAGAGGUUGAAGAUGUUGUGUACAUGGUUAAUGGUGGAAGGAUAGAUCUUUUGACUGAUGAUGACUCAUUGAAAUGGAAACUAUUGAGUGAUGGUCCUAGGAGAGCGAUACCUGAAUGGAUGGCCCGCAGAAUUCGGACUGUCUGUCCAAAGUUUCCACCGAGGAAAAUUAAUAUAUCUGAAGCUUUAGCAGCAGAUUCUGUUCCCCUGGACCUGCCCAAACCUGAUGAAGUAUGGUGUAUUGCUCAAGAAAAGCCAAAGGAGGGGGAUACAUUGAUUGAGCAUGUACUUGAGAAAGAGAUUAUAGAGAAGAAACGGAAGGCAUUAGAACGUGCUCUGCAGCGGAAAACUUUGCGGCAGAGGACUCCUGAACAAACAAAAUUAGAGCCUGGCACUGGCACUGGACGUGAGAUUGUAUUUCAAGGUUUCAACUGGGAAAGCUGGAGAAGGAAGUGGUAUGCGGAGCUAGCUCCUAAGGCUGCCGAUUUGUCUCAUUGUGGGAUAACAGCAGUCUGGCUUCCACCACCAACAGAAUCUGUUGCUCCUCAAGGUUAUAUGCCUUCUGAUCUCUACAACUUGAACUCAGCUUAUGGUUCAGUGGAGGAGCUAAAACAUUGUAUAGAGGAAAUGCAUGCUCAAGAUCUUCUGGCCCUAGGAGAUGUUGUUUUAAACCACCGAUGCGCGCAUAAGCAGGGGCCAAAUGGGGUGUGGAAUAUUUUUGGUGGCAAGCUUGCAUGGGGACCUGAAGCAAUUGUUUGUGAUGAUCCAAACUUCCAGGGCUGUGGGAAUCCUUCAAGUGGUGAUAUAUUUCAUGCAGCACCCAACAUCGACCAUUCCCAAGAUUUUGUGCGAAAAGAUAUCAAGGAGUGGCUAAAUUGGCUUCGUAAUAGCAUUGGUUUUGAUGGAUGGCGCCUUGAUUUUGUGAGAGGCUUCUGGGGUGGAUAUGUAAAAGAAUAUAUAGAAGCUUCAAAUCCAGCAUUUGCUAUUGGAGAAUAUUGGGAUAGUUUGGCAUAUGAAGGUGGAAAUUUAUGUUACAACCAAGAUGCCCAUCGGCAACGAAUUAUUAAUUGGAUCAAUGCCACAGGUGGCACUUCAUCUGCAUUUGAUGUCACAACCAAGGGAAUACUUCAUUCCGCUUUGCAUAAUCAAUAUUGGAGGUUGAUAGACCCUCAAGGGAAACCAACAGGAGUAAUGGGGUGGUGGCCAUCACGUGCUGUCACAUUUUUAGAGAACCAUGAUACGGGAUCAACACAGGGACACUGGCCAUUUCCACGGGAUAAGCUCGCACAGGGAUAUGCAUACAUUUUAACGCAUCCUGGAACGCCCGUGAUAUUUUAUGACCAUUUCUAUGAUUUUGGCCUUCGCGACAUCCUGAUAGAGCUGAUUGAUGCUCGGAGGCAGGCUGGGAUCCAUUGCCGGAGUUCUGUCAAGAUAUAUCAUGCAAACAAUGACGGUUACGUAGCUCAGAUUGGUGAUACGCUUGUUAUGAAGCUUGGCCACUUUGAUUGGAACCCUUCAAAAGAGAAUCAAAUGGAAGGGAGUUGGCAGAAGUUCGUUGACAAGGGAUCUGAUUAUAAGCUGUGGUUGAGACAAUAAGCUCGAUUCACUGGUGAAGUAAAAAAAACAAUCUUUUAUUUUAUAGUGUAUAAUACAUUAUGAUAAUUUAUUAAUGCCCAGAGAGAAAUAUAUACCUUACCAUUAGUAUGGACGGACAAGUCAUAUCAAACAUAUCAAAGUAGACAGGAAGGGAACUGCUGCAGAAAACUGAUGCCCCUUAAAAUGGCACUGGACGGCAAAGCCACCAUGGAAUAAUGGUUUGCUUCUGUGGAUGUCAUGAACUACAAGUCCACAAGGCUCAGGGAUCGGUUACAUCAAAAUGUACCCAACCUUAAUCACAGUUCUGAAAUGCUGAAUUAAGUAAUGGAGUGCACAAAUGGGGAACGAGAUCUAAGUAGGCACAAUAUAAUAGCCACA